GGUUUGACGAAAAAGCGCGUUGCGAGAACGUGCUAGUGAGCCCUCCACAUCAGCCGCUCGGCGUGUGCACAGGUGCAGCGCGAACUAUUUAAAUAACAGAGCCAAGCGGCCGAGCGAACCCUCGUCGCCUCUUUUCCAGCUGCAACGAAGUCGUGGAAAGAAGUUCCAAACGUUCCAGCUAUGGACGGCAAAAACUGCGUGGUUAUACCAGACAACUUUUGUGGCUACAGCACAGAACUUUUCUGUAUUCCAAAGCACUAUAAGGAUGACGUCGAGUGUGUCUUUCUCCCGUGUGGACUUGUUCAAGACAGGAUAGAACGAAUGGCCCAAGACAUUAUCUUGCACUACAAGGACAAACCAUUCCGGGCACUCUGUGUCCUCAAAGGAGGCUACCGCUUCUUUGCUGAUAUGCUUGACAGAGUGCGGCACUACUACCACUUCAACCAGUACUCGACACCCUUCUCCACUGACUUCAUCCGAGUCAAGAGUUACGUGAAUGACAAGCCGGGGGGUGAAGUAACUGUCAUGGGGCUGGACAGCAUGGAAGCACUCAAGGGACAGAAUAUCCUGAUCGUUGAAGACAUCAUUGAGACUGGGAAAACAAUGACUGCUCUUGUGGAGUACCUUAAGGCUUUUGAGCCUAAAGAAAUCCAGGUAUCCAGUUUGUUUGUCAAGAGGAGCCCGAGGAGCUCUGGCUACAAGCCAGAUUACUGUGGCUUUGAAAUACCUGACAAGUUCGUUGUUGGCUAUGCCUUGGACUACAAUGACCAUUUUCGUGACCUAAGUCAUGUCUGCAUCAUAAGCAGCGAAGGCAAAAAGAAGUAUGCUGCGGCACGAUUCUAGGCCCUACAAUUUGUCCUGAUGGACAAAUUGUCCAUCCAGUCCUGAUUUGUCUACAGGUUGUCUUCGUCAUCCUGUUGCCUUCAUCAGAAGCAUAUUAUUGUCUGCAGUAGCCGCGUAGAGAUGCACUAUUGAACGAGCAUUUACAGUUCGGUUUCACAGAAGACAGUUUAGUAGACUGGUGUGCUAGUCGCACCUAUCUUACUCAUGUGCUUCGCUCGCUAUCACUUACGUACUUGUGCUACUUAACAGUACGCAUUCCAUGACAGACGCACAGUGAGACAUGCAUGCUGUGGUGAUUUGAAGUGCAAAGUUUUACUCCCUCAGAAAAUGGCAUUUCUUUAAAGAGCCGGUGAUUUUGUGUGACUGCCAAUGCAGUGCUUAUGUAACUAUUGUUACCGUUGAUUGUUUCGUGAUGAAAACUGUCCAGUGAUGUCUGUACCUCGCAUGCCAAAUAUUAUUUUCGUAAAAUAAAUACGUUUUUCUCAAGCACA